AUGUCACUCGCGCAAGCCCGCGUCCCAGUCCAGAGCCGAGGCCGGGGCGGCGCGGGGUCCUCCGCGGGGACCCCACAGAGGGGCGAGGGCGCCUGCAGCCCGGACCGGCGCUCCCCACGCGCCCCGCGCCCGGAAGGGGGAAACGCGCCGCCGAGGAUUCAACAGGAGCGCCGCGCCGCCACCCGGCCCGCACCCCCGCCCUGGCCGCCCCGGCAGCCGGCGCUGCAGCCCCCGACGCGGGAGACGAGUCUCGGCCGGCUGGCGAGCUGGCGGGCGGCUUCAGCCCCGCCACGCACAGACACACACACAGCCGCGGCACCGCCACCGAAAAAUGGAGCGCGGCGACCGGAGAGGAGAAACAUCUCCUUUCCGUUAACCAGCCCGGCCGUUCCUCCUCCUCUCCGCUUCAAAAUGGCGCCAAGCGCUCCUCGGCGGCUGCUCCAAUCGAACCGCGGCGGACAGCACCCGGGGGCAGGCGGACCGCGGCGUGGAAUUGCCCUUGUAGAAAGAGGAACAUCUGCACACCACAAGGAUGCGCUGCAGGUGUGUCGCUUCCCCUUCGCCUCCACAAGGGGCCGCUCCUGCCUCCGGCACCUGCACGUGGGUGCGCUCUGCCUGGUCAACCCUGUACAUCCCUCAGGAUGGGAACAGUUUUCACCUCAGCCGGUGCUCUGCCAAGGGUGAAGAAAAGACUGUUUUCUCCUUUUACUUCCACUAAUACCAUCCUGGCUGUAAGCAUGUUUCCUGAUAUUACAUACUGUGGUACCUA